AUGUUCGACUUAUUGGAGACAAAACUACCCACAUCGCAUGAAUGCGUUGAGAGCUAUUGUCAACCGUGCGUUAUGCAGUUUUCAACGUUCGAAUCGAAGCCGGACGUGGGACAGCUGCAGUCGCAGAUGCAGAUGCGUGAGGCGAAGCCGUACAAAUGCACGCAAUGCGUGAAGAGCUUCGCCAACUCGUCCUACCUCUCGCAACACAUGCGAAUUCAUCUCGGCAUCAAGCCGUUCGGACCGUGUCAGUACUGCGGUAAAAAG